UGCAGUCUCGCAGGCUUUUUACAGCACGUUUAUUAAUAUCGACGAUAAUCUUUACAAUUCCGACUCAAGAUUAUGCUUUAAUACAAUGACGAAGUACUUACAUUAUUUGUUUUUCAUCUUUCUGUCAUGGCACGUCGCCACGGUCUCGUCCGCCGAUCACCUGCUGGAAGGUAUUUAUUGUGGAAAAGAAAACUGUUACGAAGUCUUAGGGGUCAACAGAGACGUGACAAAAAAUGAAAUCGGAAAGGCAUACCGCCAGCUGGCGAGGAAAUACCAUCCGGACAUGCACAGAGAUCCGGAGGCUAAGAAAGUUGCAGAAGAGAAGUUCAAGCAAAUCGCGACCGCAUACGAGAUACUUCGAGAUGACGAAGAAAGGACCGACUACGAUUACAUGCUUGACAACCCUCAGGAGUACUACGCCCAUUACUACAGGUACUACCGGCGGCGCAUGGCACCUAAAGUCGAUGUUCGCAUUGUGAUUGCUGUCACUAUCUCAAUUAUAUCGGUAAUCCAGUACUACAGUGCCUGGUCAAAGUACGACACGGCUAUUAAGUAUUUUAUGACUGUGCCAAAGUAUAGAAAUAAAGCUCUAGAAAUUGCCAAAGAAGAAACGAAGGAACUAAACUCAAAGAGUAAAGGGAAUAGAAAAAGCAAGACGGAGCAAAAGGAGGAGCAAGAUAGAAUCAUACGCAGAGUUAUUGAAGAGAACAUGGACAUUAAAGGAGCCUAUGCAAAGCCAGAAAUCACAGACAUUCUCUGGGUGCAGCUAAUAAUACUGCCUUACACUAUUUCUUAUUAUAUUUAUUGGUACAUGAGGUGGUUUUGGAAGUUUACCAUUUUAAGGCAGCCAUAUGAAGAGCAGGAGAAAUUAUAUCUAAUUAGGAAGUAUAUGAAGCUAGGUCAGCACCAGUUUGACUCAUUAGAAGAUAGCGAGAAGGAAGAGUAUCUUGAUGAAGAGUUGUGGAUUAAAGACAACUAUGUAGCUUGGAAGGCAAUAAAAGAUGAAGAAGCCAAGAAGGCUUUAGCCGAAAAUAACAAAUACAAACAGUAUCGGAGAUACAUCAAGUCACACGGGGUGGGACGAAUGACUUUUGAUGACUCUUGAUGAAAUUAUGUUGUGAUAUUUAUGUUAACUCUAGGGUCUUUUCAACCAAAAUCACUUUUGUACUGUCUUAUUUAUUUAUACAUAUUAUAUGUUUGUGACAUCCUUUGGAGAGUUACGGUUAAUGCAUUUAAAUCUAUUUUAAAAAUAAAACAUAAGUUAUACAA